AGAAAGGAACCAUAUAAAGCAAGAGGUCAAAUUCGUUUUUGUUUGAGGUUCAAAAGCAAAGCCCUAGCAUUAGCUUGGAUGUGCUUCGGGUCUGAUUCAUCAUCCAAUAUCCGAUUCCAAUCUAUCUCUAUACUUCCCUAACUGACCUGAUCCUAAACGAAACCACCGACCUUCAAAAAUGGCGCGUCGCUGCUCGCAUUGCGGCCACAACGGGCACAAUUACCGGACCUGCCCGAACCGUGGGGUCAAGCUGUUCGGAGUUCGGUUGACUGACGGGUUGAUUCGGAAGAGCGCCAGUAUGAGUAACUUAUCCCAAUUCUCCUGCUCGAAUUCAGUCUUGCAUAACGGAAACGGGUCGGGCUCGCCCGGUGACGGCCCAGAUCACGCCGAUGGUUAUGCUUCUGAGGAUUUUGUCCCUGGAUCGUCUUCCAGUCGUGAUAGGAAGAAAGGUGUUCCUUGGACUGAAGAGGAGCAUCGGAUGUUUCUACUUGGUCUGCAGAAGCUUGGGAAAGGUGAUUGGCGCGGAAUCUCGCGCAAUUAUGUUAUAUCAAGAACUCCUACUCAAGUAGCUAGCCAUGCUCAGAAAUAUUUCAUCAGGCAGACCAAUGUUUCUAGGAGAAAAAGGCGUUCCAGCCUUUUCGAUAUCAUAGCGGAUGAAUCGGGCGAUACACCGAUGGUAUCACAGGAUUUGUUCUCUGCAGAGCCUCCGCAAGCUGAAACACAGAGCAAUGACCAGUUGUGUAUUCCUCCUCCAUUGGAUGAAGAAGACGAAGCAAUGGAUUCCUAUGAUUCGAACGAUGGGGAACCAGUUCCUCCAACAAUGGAGAGCUCGCAACCCUGUUACCCGGUAGUGCAUCGCCCACCAUUCUUUCCGUUACUAUUUCCGUAUUGGAUGGGUUACAACACAGAACCGAUCAAGACUGACACACAUGAAGUGGUCAAGCCAACAGCAGUACAUUCGACAAGCCCGAUCAAUGUCGACGAGCUGGUGGGCAUGUCGAAACUGAGUUUGGGAGAAUGUAUCGGUGACAAUCGCCCAUCGUCACUUUCAUUAAGACUCGACGGAUCAUCCAGGCAAUCUGCUUUCCAUGCCAAUCCGGCUUCUCGUAGUUUAAAUGGGAGCCCAAUCCAUGCCGUUUAAGACCAACUUUAUCUUGAACCUCCGCCUUAGGUUAGUUCAGGGUCUGUGAGCUUUACAGAUUGUUGUUAAUAGAAGGACAAUUACGAGCAGUACGAUUUUGA